UAUCCGUCGUCAGUCAGUAUUCGUCUAUUGUUCGCGUCGGUCGUAGCACGCGUGGCUUUUCGUGUGGUUAUAGCAACACGUUUGUAUCGAGUCUGGAAGUGCUCCAGCGGAAGAUUUCACGUGUGCGUACGUCUCGCGCGAUUUGGUAGGAAGAGAGAGAAUCGAGCGUUUUCAGUGGUUCAUGCGCGUGCAUGCGGUCCGAUUUGGGGGUUUAGUGAACGACAGUGCUGCCCCGGUGCGGUGACUAGCAUACGGUGGAAACCGUUCAGCAUCUCUCCCAGCAGGAUUAAAGUGGUUGACUUUGAAGAGUGUUUUGUUAAGGGAAAAGUUUUCCCAGCAUUUCGAAACAUGCAUAACAUAUGUGCUCACGUGCACGCGAUAAAUCAGUGUGGUGUGAUUGAAGCUCAUUAAUCGCAGCUUAAAGUCCGGUGUUUGGAUAUCGUUGCUCGUAUUGUGAACGUGUCAAUAAUUGGCGCCGAGUUUUGCACGCCCUAGUUUUUCAGUAGUUUGUGUUGGAUUAAAGCGGAUUGGACGGUUGGAUAAAUGGGUGCAGUCGUCUGAUGAUUGUCGCGGCACAGUAUUGGCUUUAGGAGGUGUUUGUUACAUACAAACAGCUAUCGUUAACAGAUACUAACGUCUAUCGAACGCAGGACCCACAACUUUGGACAUCAUUACGGCGUCGAUCGGUAGGACACGCUUCAAAAUUUUAACCGAAAACACCAAAACGCCCCCUAGGGCUGUCGCACUGGCGUCCUAUCUGGGGGACGGAUUCUCGGCAGUGGGUGCAAGGGCACCACCAGCAAAAGAUCUAAUGGCUUUCGGGUCAGUGCUUCAGCACAACCAGCACAACAUAGGCCGGGGCGAGCCGCCAUCCGGAGUCGCGGAACCGUGCGCCGGAUGUAACAAGCCGAUCCUAGACAAAUUCCUGCUCAACGUGCUGGAGCGAGGCUGGCAUGCGUCGUGCGUGCGGUGUUGUGAGUGUCACCAGCCCCUGUCCGACAAGUGCUUCAGCCGGGAGUCGAAACUCUACUGCAGGAACGACUUUUUCAGGCGAUACGGUACUAAGUGUAGUGGUUGUGGUCAGGGCAUUGCGCCCUCGGAUUUAGUGAGAAAACCCCGUGAUAAAGUGUUUCAUCUGAAUUGUUUUACGUGUUGUAUAUGCCGGAAACAGUUGAGCACCGGUGAACAGUUGUAUGUGUUAGACGACAAUAAAUUUAUUUGUAAGGAUGACUAUCUGCUUGGCAAAGGACCUCACCACCCAUCGUCGAUGACAGACUCGUUGAUGGGAUCCGGAUCAGAAGAUGAAGACGACGAUGAUCACCUAAGGCCUGGUCUAGGGAUGGGCCCACUUGGACCAAACGAUGGACCCCUCGGCGCAUCGGACCUCUCAGUACAAAGCAUGAGUACGGACAGUAAAACGGGACACGACGAUAGUGAUCAAGGGUCCUUGGAUGGCGACCCGGAUUGUCGAGGAGAUUCACAAGCAGAGAACAAGAGUCCUGAUGACGGUGCCGGCGCGAAACGAAGGGGUCCACGAACGACGAUAAAAGCCAAACAGUUAGAAGUGUUAAAAACCGCAUUUAGUCAAACACCCAAACCAACUAGACACAUAAGGGAACAGUUAGCCAAAGAAACAGGACUGCCGAUGCGAGUGAUACAGGUGUGGUUUCAGAACAAACGGUCAAAAGAACGACGACUGAAGCAGCUGACCAGCAUGGGCCGGGGACCGUUUUUCGGAGGUGCCCGCAAGAUGCGCGGUUUUCCGAUGAACCUUUCGCCCGGCGGUUUGGAUGAGGCUGGAUUUCCCUACUUCGCUGCCGACGGUAAAUUUGACUUUGGCUACGGUGGACCUCCGUUCCAUCCGCACGAUGGACCAUUCUUUCCCGGCCAUCCCGGUGCCGGACCAAUGCCUUUCAAUGCUCCGGGAGGACCCAUGGAUCACGCUGGACCGAUCCCCAUGGUGAGCGACUUUGGCGGCAUGACUCCGGAGACGGGCUUUCUAGGCCAACCGAAUGGACCGCCGGGAAAUGCCAACCCAGGCGGACCUCCACCACCCGAGGGUAUGAUCGGUGCCCCCCGGCCAGGAAGUCCCGAGUUCAUGACCUCCGGUAACUUUUCCGAGCCUCAGAACAUGCAAAACGAAGGUCUGGUUUGGUAAAAAUUACUGAACUUUUUUAGCAUUGUUAAGUGAUAGUUAAUUUUUAAGUAAUUUAUUUGUUUUUGUUAACUAUUUUCUAAUGAUCGUCCUCGGAAGUUGGCGCUCAAAUAUUCCGGCGGAACUACAUACAUAUUACGUUAUGAGCUUGUUGUGGAAAUUUGCAUUUAAGACUAUUUUGUACAUAAGCUGCCGUUGUAUCAUCAGAUCACGCAAUUUUUUGAAUUCACGGGCUCUCGCAUUUGGCAAACCACUGUGAGUUUGAAAAAAAAACACGUUUGCAUCGCUUUUUUUUACUAAAAUCGGCUCAGAGGUGUGUUUUGCAUUCAUAACGUCAAAUCGAGUAACCUAGAACAAGUGUGUUUCAGGUUUUCAAAACAGAUAAUUCAAAUGCCGACAUUUUUUCACACAUUUGUAUUUCUUGAAUUUUAUAACGGAUAGAAGUCACAUAAAAUGCUAAAAAAAAGUAAUCACUUGGUAGUCGCAGCUGGUAAACUAAGAGACUUUAAAUUAAUUGUGGAGAAAGUUUUAAAAUUGAUCAAACAAACCGGUAAUCAAAGUAAUAUGGAUAAAGUUCCUUUUAUGAGUAUUGCAAGCAUAUUUAUUUUUAAUCAUCGGCUCCUGAGAUGGAUAAUUUAAUCAAGACCAACAUGAGUAUUCAGUUUUCAAAACUUUUGGAGUUGUUGUAAAUUUGUUUUGUAUUAAAACAAUGUUUUGAAUUCAAUCACAAAAACAAUCGUAACGAAGUGUUAAUCAAUGGGACGCGUGUCUCGUUUGCGACAAACAGACAUAAACAAUCAUCAGAUCAGUAUUAUUCUACAUAGUUUCAGAACACUCGCCUUUAGCUUAUUGUUAAAAGUUAAUUUUCUCAAUCGAAUUAGAAAAUUAUCAAGCAUCGUUUAUUUGCUUACAUUUAUUUCUCUUCAUUCGUAAAGUUUAUGUUCCUCAAAUGGCUGUUACUCAUUGCUCCUUGAAGCAAUAUGCUAUGGACAGAGAGAUUUAAAAAAGACCUUAUCGAACUUUUAUCAUAAUACGGGCACUAUUUCUGGAGGUGUCUGCAAAAGAUUUUCUAUGAAAAUAAUGGAAUAAAAAAAACCUGUAGUUAGUACAUCCGGAAAACAUCAACCACCAAUCAAUCUCCUCGAGUAGUACCACAAGCGCAAAUGGAAAUCGGAACAUCUAACUUAUGAGAGCAGCAAAGAGGCAAGAUUUUAUCGAACAUUAAACUACGCGCCCUUUUUAACAGACAAAGUUUUUUGCAAAAUCUCAAGCUUUUAUCUUCAUCAUAAACAAUUGUUAUAAAAAAGGCUCAAGUGUACAAUUUGAAGUAACCGUUACAGAAAACCGGAUUACUUAUCGACAGACAGCACGAAAAUCGGCCAAAAGUCGUCAGCGUUGUAAAAAAAAUCAAAUGACAAAAGUAGAAAAAUUUAGGUAAAAAUCUCACGGAAUAGUGUCGAUAAAAAAACCAACAUCAAUCGGGUUGUAUGGCCGUUGCGUAUCUUAAAACAAAACAUCAUCCGUCAAAUAUCAGCAAACGAUCGGUUGGGCAGUUUUAUUUUGUUUUUAAAAGAAAAUGGAACCAUGUAAUCAUUGCGGCAUCAUUAUCUGUCUCGGUAGAAGAAAAUUACUAAAGUAAACGAGAUGAAAAUGUGUUUGAGAAGUUGAGUGUAUGAGGAAAUCGAUAACUUGUAGUAGGUGUAAUUUUCUUAUCGUAAAGCGGGUUGUAAAUAGUGUAGAUUUGAAAGAUUAUCCGGAACCAGAUGGGGGAGAUCCCUCAAGAGACAGAGUAUGAAGCAUUCACCAAUAGUAUUUAUAUGUCGAGUAAAAACAAGUGUGGGAAAACAAUAAAUAAAAGCGGAUAAAAGGCAAGUGAAUGAACAAAACAACAAAAUAGCAUUGUGUUAAUAUUUAUAUAGGGAAAGAUACUAUGGAAAUAGUAAAAGAAUAAAAAUU